AUGCCGGCUCCUCAAUGUGGCCUGCCUCCUCCGGCGGCCAUGACCCUUCCUCCCCAGCAGCCUCUAACCACCAUUUCUCCGCCUGUGCAUCAUGCGCCUCCUCCACGUCUGCCGCCACCUUCAUUAACCCAGAGUCAUCAGCAGAGAGAUUCCUGGCCACAGCUCUCCAGCCCGCCCCAGCAAUGGCAAGGAGCUGAGGAAUACAUGAGGAAUUGGCUGCAAGCCAAGGUCGAGGAGGACAAGAGAAGACAAGAAGAGGAGAGGACGAGGCAGGAGAGUUUGCGCCUUGAGCAGAGGAAGGUCGAGAUGGACAUGCUGUGCACAUCUCUGCAAGGCGGUAUCCCACCCGCCAUGAUUCCUCUAGUCUUCGUCCGCAUGGGUAGCGGAGGCGUGCGCCCACAGAUGGCUGGGUCGCAGCAGCUCACGUCUGUCUCGCAGGCUUAUCACCUCCAGCUUCUGUCUCCCCAACAUGCUCAUCCGAAAGGCCAAAGGGACAUAUCGCAGCCUACCCAAGCAGCAGCCCCGGCGAUGGCAUCACAUCCACAAAUACAGCAGGUCCAAUCGUCCCAACAAGAGUCUCAACCAAGUUCGUCGAUAACCUUUUAUAACUGGCAACCGCCAAUAUCGCAAGCCGGCAGCAGCUCAAACCGACCCGGAACGCCUUCCGCUUCGACCAAGACCAAGAGACAGUGA